CGGACGACAUGCCAGAAGCGGAUCAGAUGCCAGCCGUAGCCGAACCACUGUUAGACCCGUCCAUUGACAUCAUCUCUUGCGGAACUCUGGAAGCGUUCAACAGAUUUAAUGAUAGCAAAUGUGACACACAUUUGGAAAAGACAACAAAUGAGUCGAUACUCGAAAAGUAUAACCGAUUGACCGAAGAAAUCAAACAAUUGGUUGAUUUGGCCGCUAAUGACACCAACGAUUCCAACAAAGAGUUGUUGACAAAAGUGGACAAACUGUCGGAACAGUUGCAAGAUUUACAAGUAUUACGAUUUGAUAACACAAACACUUUGAAGGAUGUCUUUGAAUCGAUUGACAAGUCUGUGGAUAAGCCAAACAUCAAAGACGAUCAAAAUGAUAAAUACUCUGAACGAGUCGUCGAAAAUCAAUUCAUUGGAACAGAGGAUCAAAACGAUUGA